AUCUGAAGAAAGGCCAAGGGACCAAUGUCAACACCGGCGGAAGCGGCGGCGGCGGGCGCCAUGGUCCAAGUGAAGACCAGCGACAACGAGAUCGUGAAGCUGCCAUUAGAGAUAGCCAAGCAGCUGAGGCCCAUCGGCGACAUGAUCGACGGCGGCGGCGCGGCCUCGACCUUGAUGACCAUCUCGCUCCCCGAGGUCCACUCGGCCAACCUCGCCAGGGCCGUCCAGUACUGCGAGAAGCACCACGCCGGCGGCGGCGGCGGCGACGACGAGGGCGUCCGCAUCUGGGACAAGGAACUUGUGGGCGGGCUCGACAGCGACGGGCUCUACGGCCUGACGACGGCCGCCAGCUUCCUGGGCCUCGAGGGGCUCCUCCGCCUCGCCUGCCAGGAGGUGGCCGACAGGAUCGCCGGCAAGGAACCCGAGCAGAUCCGCGCCAUGUUCAACAUCGCCAACGACUUCAGCACCGAGGAGGAGGCCGCCAUGCGGAGCGAGGCGCCCUGGGCCUUCGACGAUUGAUCUUAAUAUUAGAGUUUAGUACUACUAUAUAGAUUCAGUUGGAUGAGAGAUGCACACACUCGAUCAUGAGUACUCGUGCUACUUCAUCAGAUGCAAACGUUUCGUCUCAAACAUGCUUUGAAUUGAUCGCGUGCUGCUGUUAAUUUGGUUCAGGAUAAUAUUUCCAUACGUUUUUUUUCCUGGUUGUUCUAUUUUGUUCACAAGAUUUU